AUGGCUGCUCUAGCAGAGCCAGCCUUUGUUUCAGAACAGGAAAAGAAGGAGGAGAAGAACAGGAAGAGAGAGGCCAAAAACAAGGAGCACAACGAGAGGAUAAAGAUGGAGAAAGAGAAGGAAGAAAAGAAGAACAGGGACAAAGAACUCCAAUUGAUUGCAAACUUUAGAAAUAAUGAUCAAAACCAUAAGCAACUUCCAAGAAUCCCUGUGACUCAUGCUGUUGCUUCGGCAAAGCCGUCCCAAGCCCCGAAAGCUAAUGUCAAAGCGGCCCAGACUCCUCUUCCUGUUGCUUCUGCGAAGAUGACGGUGCCAACUAGUACCAUUCAUGCCUCCACUGUGCAUCCUACUCCUGUUGCCUGGGCAAAGGUGGUGCCAAAUAGAACUACCAAUGCCUCUAAGAAGACAGAUUUUAGUCAGAAGUCCCAGACCCAGAGCGUUGCUCCUGCCAAAGCGGCUGUACCUUCUCUUCCUAUUGCUUCUGGGAAGUCGCUGACCGAUGCUUCUAAGAUGUCUAACAUCAAUCACUAUCAACAACAACCUGCUGCUAAUGGUGGAGCAGAUAUGACUUUCUACGUCGGGCAAAUCCCUGUAAAGACUACAGCAAUCAAUAAUCCACUAAAAGCUAAUAUUUUGUUUGGGAGGAAGGAGACUCAAGCCACUACUGUUGUGGAAAAAACUCAGGCCACUACUGUUGUGAUGACUUAUGCAAGUGCCUUGCAAAACAAGGCUGCGGAUGCUCAGAAAAACCUAGGCACCUACAAUGCGGCAGCAUCUACAUUUGUUUCUAUGACUACUUCGGUGACUACUACUCUUCCUGUUGUUCCUCAGACCAAUCAACCUGCAAAGGAAGAAGUAGUAGUUCCUGCAACAAAGACUACUAACGGCCAGAAUGGUCCUGUAAGACCUAUGUCCAGUACUACUACUUCCGUCUCUUCAGAGAGAUCCUAUUACACUGGUACCCAGAGGAAUGGUAAUGGACCAGAUCAGAAGAACUAUGAGAAUGGAAGGGUUAUUAAUGGCGGUGGAAACGGUUCCAGUCAAAAGUACUAUGGCAAAGGUUCCGGCCAAAGGUACUAUGGUAAUGGUUCUGCCCAGAGGUACAAUGGUAAUGGUUAUGGCCAGAGGUACUAUCGUAAUGGAAGGUAUACCAAUGGGAGUCAAGAGAAUCAGAAAAAACAAGCAAAACCAAAGCCUGUUGUUGAUGCCGAGGGGUGGCAAGUGGUAGAGAAUCGAAGGAGGGUCUGA